AUGCUGAGCGAGGUAGGGCUGCGCACCUACUCAUCAGAAACUGGGGUGUGGACUGACAGAUCAGGUGAGCGGAGGAGAUUUGAAGAGGGAGGUGAAAGCCCACAAUUGGGUAGUUUUGGGACCAUAGUGUCCUCGUUGGGCAGCGCCUUUGUUAACGGCAUGCUGCAUUUUGUCAUUGACCAUAUUCAGAAAGAUUUUGACCACAUUCAGAAAGAUCAGGGCCUGAUUGUUGCGGUUGAUUGGGAAGGGAGGACACGCAGGUUCAUCAGCUGGCCGUGGAGUCACAGUUGUUGUGGGUCCGAGGCUGCAUUUCUUGGUCAAUCUCAAGGGCGUCUCCAUUGCAUCAGUGAACAAAUAAAAGGCAACUCUGCACAGAUCACAAUUUGGGUUCUUGAGGACUAUGAUAAAGAAGAAUGGGUCAUGAAGCACAGUGUGAGCUCUUUGCAGCUCUUUGGAGGGCUUGUCAACUUGGACUACACUGUGGUUGCCAUUCAUCCAGAUCGCAAUUUGAUUUUCAUUUCUCACCGGGGCCAAAAGCUGAUAUCUUAUAACAUGGAUAGCAAGGAAGUGAAUGCUCUUAGCACAGUUAGAGAAGACUACGGCAUUACGCCCUAUGUCCCCUAUUUUUCAGAAUCAUCAGUGCUCUCAAAUAAACAUUGA